AAUGUGCUCCUCCGAGCCCUGAGUUGGGUGCUUUGGGUGCGCACCGGCUCCCACGACCAAACUAACCAGAGUGUGUCACACAACAAACGAAAAACGAACCCUCAGGAACAGGAAGUUCGAGUCGGUGAAACUCGUUUAAAUCGAGACUCCCUGCCGGUGCGGCGGCUCUCAACGUGGGCGACAGAGCAGAUAAAUGCAGCUGCUGGGUAGGAGCAGGCAGCUGACCCAGAGCCAUGGAGGAAUACGACUUCUACGAAGUAGGAGGUGAAGAAGAGGCAAGACUUCAUCGGCAGAACACUUCGAUUCAACUUCUCAUUCAGAAAGUGGCUCGACUUUAUCGGAUGGCUCAGUUUAUAGCCGUGGCGCUUCUUCUGCUGAUUUCAGGAGCACUGGCUUUACUGAUCACCGUGGGACUCGGAGGGCGAUGUCACGUGUCCGCGGACCAAAAGGCCACGAUGAUAACCGACAGCAAUUCAUCAGGUAUCAACAGCCAACGAGGAACUGAAAGAUUUCAAGCCAACACAAACAUCAAGAAUCCAAGUGCAAUGUUAACAGCUCCAAGAGGAGGUGCCACUGAUGGGGAAUAUCUUCAGUGGGAGAGUGUCAUUCCACAUGCAUUCUGUCAAGGCGGCUUCAGCUACUCCAACGGAAGCCUUGUGGUGCCCAGAUCCGGCUACUACAGAGUGUUCGUGCAAGUCACUUACGAGAGUAAUGGCGAACAGUGUCCUAAACCUCAGAUGAUGCUCAACAACAAAGUGCUUUAUGUCCCAUAUAGUUACAAUAAGAAUGUGACUCUCCUUACCUCAGAUGACGUCGUGAGAUGUAGCACAGAGCUGUGGCGUAAAUCCCUGCAUACGUUUGGCUUAUUUUUCCUGGAGGCUAAUGGCAGGCUACGUGUGACAUCAACUUAUCCUAAAUUUAUUGCUAGGAAUGAAUACCAAGUAUUCUUUGGUGCUGAACUUCUUUCUUCCCAGUAAAACGAUUGGACAGUCAGAAUCACCAAAACAUAAUCUGAGGUUGUACAUUCUCCUCCAUGAAAACUUAAGGGAAGAUACAGUGUAGUUUUAUUGCUUCCUUUUACGAUUACUGCUCAUGACAAGUAUACAUUCACAAGUAAUUUUUUUAACUGCGAGCAGCUGAUAAAGUAACUAACAUUAUCUGUUUGACUACAGACUUGCUUUGCUCAUUUAACUUAAAAGCUGCAUUGUUUUUAACUUAUUAAUAACAGCUCACAUAAGUAUGCUGCUGUAUACACUGAUUUAAAUAUAAUACACUAUGGGUGUACACUUCUAAACAGCAUAUAUAUUAUAUUUUAAAUAUAGUAACAGGUAACAUUUGUACCUUCACAGCUCUUUAAAAAUAUGCUACCUUUUUAUUUUAUAUCUUUGGAUAAUAAUAAACAUUUUGUCAUGAUCUUAAGUACAAAACAAUUAGUUUAAUUAACCAUCUGAGCCCCAAAACCCGCCGGCGGGUAUUAAGGGCAUGUUGUUAUUUUAAACUGACCAAAAUUACACCAUUUUUUACAGUAAGAAAUUGUAAUAACAGAAAGAAUUAAUGGAUUUUUAACUUUCCAAUGCUCUUUGAACUAAGUGAGUGGCUUUCUUUUUUUUCUUUUUUUUUAAUGACAAAUUCUAAGCUAAAAAUCCUUAUACUUCCUCCAUAUCCUUAGAUUCUAACCAGAUUCUGUAAAAAACAAAACAGUCUUUGUUGCAACUGCGAAGCCAUGAUUGACUCAGCUGCGACUAACAGUCACAGGACAGAAAAUCAGGAACUAUUCAGUUGAACUGUAGAGGAGACAAGUAUGGAAAGUAAAAAUGUGAGAAGUAUGGGUAGUGUGUAGAGCCACAAUUUUUGAAGAGCCAGCUCUGUGUACUUAGAAAAAUAUUGUACUGUUGUAUUGUCAAAAUGAAGAAUCGAGAGAAUUCAACAUUUGUAUUUGGCAUGUUUUGUAAUUUAUUUGCAUUAUAAUGUAUCAUACUUAAGAAAAGACACCUCUGAGUUCUCUCUACUUCUAGCAAUAGUAGUGUGUGGGGGGGACCUUGUGUUUUAGGCUGUAAUUGUGUCAUUUUGGAGAGAUAUCCUGCACUAAAAUGUUGGACAGACUGACUAAGUGAUUGGUCUCUGUCUAGACCACAAUCAUCUGGUUGGGUUUGACAUUUAAAACCAAUUGUGAAUUGGUCAUUGCAUCUUUUCUUCACUCAGAUGAAACAUGAGCCAACCACUGUCAUUUAAAAAAAGAGACAUUACAUGGAGCUACUAUGUUUAAGUUCUUGGCAAUAGAAAACAACUGAGAAAAGUAUCUCAUCUGUCAUUAUAGGAGAUACUGCAGCACUGAAUCUGAAUGACAAGACUGCAGAAAUAUUUAAAGAACAGCAUCUAAGGACAGGUUGGCUUGACGAACACUGACAUAAAGAUGAUUGACAAGAUGUGGUAAUGAAGGAUUUUGUGAAUGAAAGGAACUUUGACAUCAUAUGAAAGAAGAAGUAACUCGGAUAAACAACCAGCAUAAAAUGCUAACCUGGCUGUACUAGUCAGAACUUUUUGUAUGUGCCUUGGAAAGUGUUGCCAUAGCCAACUGAACGGGUUUGAUAAGGCAGGUUUGAAGAGUAGAAGACUAUGCAGUUACCGGCAGGUUAUCACACAUAAACCCAACCCACACCCACACAGACCUGCUUUCAUGAUAACAUGUUUGAGGUAUGUCUAAACUUGCUAUAGUUUUAUGAAGUAAAUAUGCUUAAACAUGCAGAACUAUGUCAAACUGUGUCAAAUAGGAUAAUUUCUCCAAGCUAAACACUCGCAACAUGUAUGUUUGCAAACGUACCUUUUAUGCUGAAUGUACUGCAAAUGUAAAAAAGACAAAUGCAAUGUGAGGAACACUUGCCACGGUGCUGUCAGCUCUUGUCUUACAGCUCAGAGCUGCCUUCAUUUGUGAAUCUAAAUGCUCUAAAUGCUAAAUGCUGUAGAUCUGGUGAUGGAAUACAAAGGGAUCAGUAAACCAGUCUUGUUUUUAUGCAUGA